GGCGAGGUGGUCACGACCAUCCCCACUAUCGGUACGUGCGCAGAUCUGCGUCGCUUCUAAGGGACUCAAGGACGGGAUCUCGAGACGUCGGCGCUGUCUCCUUCCUCUGUCUGUAUGCUCCACGCCUGUGCAGGACGAGCUCUUAGACGGAGGAGGGGGCGUCGCCAACUCGGGAUCUCUUCCGAUGUCUUGGAUAUCUACAGAUAGACUCAGUACUGACGUUGCUGUUGUUGUGUAUUUCAGGCUUCAACGUGGAGACGGUGGAGUACAAGAACAUUAGCUUCACGGUGUGGGACGUGGGUGGUCAGGACAAGAUCCGCCCGCUGUGGCGCCACUACUACCAGAACACACAGGGCCUGAUCUUCGUGGUGGACUCGAACGAUCGCGACCGUGUGGACGCGGCCCGCGACGAGCUGCACCGCAUGCUGAACGAGGACGAGCUGCGGGACUCUGUGCUGCUGGUGUUCGCCAACAAGCAGGAUCUGCCGAACGCGAUGAGCGCCGCGGAGAUGACGGACAAGCUGGGUCUGCACGGCCUGCGCCACCGCCAGUGGUUCAUCCAGGCGUGUUGCGCGACGACGGGCGACGGCCUGUACGAGGGUCUGGACUGGCUGUCGGCCACGCUCCAGAAGGCGAAGUAAAUCAGCACGCGCUCGACGUACCCAGUGCAUCGGCCGGUAGUGGGAGAGAUAUAGACGACUAUAUAUCAUGGGUAGAAGGCGCUGCUAUAAUUUUGCAUUUUUCUCCUUCACGUGCCCGCAUGCAUCUCGUGUCGCUCCCCAAGCCAGCCAGAAUGCAGUCCGCGUUUGCGUGCCAUCAUACACGUCUCCGUUUACCCUCAUUUCUUCAGCUGUGUUGCUUCCAUUGCCACCAUGCAGAUCUCGCGUCCAGGUUGCUGCCACGUGUGUGAAGGGCAACGAGGAUCGCGUUGACGUUUCGUUCCGACGCCUUGCGUUGCCAGGCCUCCACGUCGAGCUGUCAACGCAGUGGGCUGUCCAUUGCCAGCUUGGCUACUUUUUGCGUGAGACUAGACUGCAACAAAUUUCCGCCUUGUGUUGCUUGAAGUGCAAGAGAGACUACGAUUCAGGCCUUACCACAGCCGCCGUCGUCCAGGGAAGGGGUACAGCCCGCCACUGGAAGCCUGCCAGCUCACCGAGCCCUGAAUUAGCAGGCGGCCAAUGCCGCCGACCCAGGUCAGCAUGACAUCCUCCACGCGGCAGCGCAGCCAUCUGGUUCGGGCCGGGUUCUGGGAGGCUGGCGGGUUGGAUCGAUAUGUCGCGGGUUUCACUCGGGAAGACGAUACCUCCGUGAACUGAUACGUGAUAGCCAACGCUGGGUAGCUAUGGCGCAACUUCCGUAGCUAUUGGAAACCAUUUCGUACAACCUAGUGGAGUAGACGCUGUUGAUUCGGGUGUGGGGCAGUCAUCCAUUUCAAAAAGAACUGCAAUAGGGAUUGAUCAGUAGACUUAUAGCUCCGCGCUGUUUUUCUUUGUAAUUAAUUGGCCUUUGCAGGCGCGCGCAUCUGCAAUACAAGACACGCACAACAUAUGAAGUUUACUAUGAAGAAGAGAUUGAGAGCCUGAAGACUCGCUGUUAGGGUGAGGAAGCCGAGAUAGAUUGUCGACUGACCGAUCGAGCAACUAACGAAGAUGGAGAAUACGGUGAAGGCACUUACAAAAUUCCCUGAUAAAUGCUUGAACACACAGGGUAAGUUAAGGCGCGCGACGGAUACCCGUUUUACCACCAACCUCUGUGUACCUUUUGUCAUUGACUAAACGUCAACGCGGGUGACACUAUGGAGAUGAAGAUAUAUGGAGUCGAUGGAGAGCAUCUGUAGAUCGGCAUAAAGAACGAUUGGAGGCUGCACAAUUUACUUUACUUGAAGUGUUCAUAACGAUUACACUUUUAUUUCUGAUACUCGCCUGAACAUACGAAACCGGAGGUUUUCGGACGGGUGGGUCUGGAUAGCGCAAAGAAAAGGGGGGCGUUUCUUCGCCAGGCCUCCCCAAGCUCACUUUCAGAAUUCCCGACGCUUUAUCAAGGGCGGUAGACGGUCGUAGCGAAGCAAGGGCGAGCGAAGGCAGCACCACCACCAAGCAGCAACCAUGGGUAUGGCCUUCUCGCGCGUGUUUGAACGCCUCUUCGGCAAGAAGGAGAUGCGUAUCCUCAUGGUCGGUCUCGAUGCCGCCGGUAAAACCACCAUCCUGUACAAGCUCAAGCUGGGCGAGGUGGUCACGACCAUCCCCACCAUCGGCUUCAACGUGGAGACGGUGGAGUACAAGAACAUUAGCUUCACGGUGUGGGACGUGGGUGGUCAGGACAAGAUCCGCCCGCUGUGGCGCCACUACUACCAGAACACACAGGGCCUGAUCUUCGUGGUGGACUCGAACGAUCGCGACCGUGUGGACGCGGCCCGCGACGAGCUGCACCGCAUGCUGAACGAGGACGAGCUGCGGGACUCUGUGCUGCUGGUGUUCGCCAACAAGCAGGAUCUGCCGAACGCGAUGAGCGCCGCGGAGAUGACGGACAAGCUGGGUCUGCACGGCCUGCGCCACCGCCAGUGGUUCAUCCAGGCGUGUUGCGCGACGACGGGCGACGGCCUGUACGAGGGUCUGGACUGGCUGUCGGCCACGCUGCAGAAGCAGAAGUAGGCUGCUGCAAUGCGCCGCUCCUAAGGGCGUUCUGGCUGCACUCCCUACUCGUGGGGCCGUGCGGCGAGUCGCUCCGUGGAACUAACAGGCUGAAGCUAUGGAGAGUUAGGAGAGGAAGAGAGGCCAAGUGACGCCGCCAGUGUAAUAGUGCAUCGAUUUGGUUUGC